CAAAUGAAAUUGAAUGUCAUUGUCAUUAACGUCAAUGUCAAACUGACGCAACACAGCUGUCUUCAAUGUCAGUCACAACAAUACUCAGGAGAAUUUCCGAAAAAUUUAACUAUGAUCUCAUAGCCUUUUCCCUGUGUUAAUAUUGUUAUCAUUAAGUUUUAAACAUGCAGCAAUCGCCAUUUGAAAAUAUAUUUAACAUAAUAGGUGGCUUGUCUGAAGGCAACGAAAAGCCGAUGAAACAUGGGUUUUAUAACGCCUUUGCUCUUUUUAUUUUAACUAUUUGUUGUGCUGCGGUUUAUGUGCUGUUCUUAAUCUUAGAGCCCUUCUUUAAACCCUUAUUUUGGGCUUUGUUAGUUGGUUCUAUUCUCCACCCUUUUAAAUACAAACUCGCGCGACAAAUCAAGUCAUGGUUCGAAGAUUUGGACAAGUCUCGUACCUCAGUCUUAGUAGGACUAAUGGUUAUUCCUAUGAAUGUGAUGAACUUUGCUUCAGACACAGUGGGACAGCAAUUUAGAGAACAUUACAAGACUGUGAUAGCGUUGCUCUCUACUAUAUAUGUGUUGCCAUGGCUAUACAACUCGGUGCCGAGGAGUUUUGCUUGCAUAUUCUGGCAAAUAUGCAGCUUCGUGGGCCACUCCACUACUAUGCUCAUUUAUUUAUGCAGUUCAUACAUUACACUCACCAUUGCUAUAGCGUAUUUUAUAAGCGUUUACAUUCUAUGGACACCACAAAGGGCAAGCCUGUUCAGAGGAACCUCUCAGCUGCCAUGGCUUGUUAUAACUUGUUUCCUUGCAAGCCUCACUGGCACGUACCAGGUUUACACAUUUGUGUUUCUACAAGCCAUCUGUAUUGCUGGCUUUGCCCUUGAAGUUUUGGAUGUACAUAAACAACUGUUGAUGAAAGAUCCAGAAGCUUCUAUGCUUGUUGCACUACACAAUGUCAUCACAAAUGAACACAAACAAGUAACUAGUCCAACUGAAGAAAAACCUCCAGAAGUUGUACAAUCUACCAGUGAACAAGAAUCAUCGCCUGAAAAAGAAACUCCUUCACCGGUUACGCCUGACACUAUCACAAAAAGGGGAAGCUGGACAUCCAAUGAACCAAUACAGAGUUCUCCAAGACAUGCUAAAAUGCUGUACAAAACUAGAACCUUAUCCGCAUUACCACUAUCAAAUACAAAAAUGAAAACUGCCUUUGAUAAUCGCUUCAUAGCAUCUUUCAAGCAAAGGUCUCUAGAUGAAAAUUACAUGCGAAGCAACUUUGAUAACGAUGAAGAGACAGCAUUGUACUUCAAGCUUUUAUUCUUCGGAUGUUUCUGUAUGCUAGUAUGGAAACAUAUAUGGUUGCUGCCAGUAAUGCUUUUCUUUCUAGCGAUACACGUUAUAAAGAAACUGCUAGAUUACUUCGGAGUAUGGCUGUUUUGCGAGAAUCAGUACAAUAAUGUUAUGGGCAAAAUCAAAUGCUGGUGGAAUGAUAGGCACUCAGCACUCGUCCCGGCUCACAUCCGAGGCAUCGGCAAGAUGAUGUCGCUAUGCAACAGCAGAUUCAGCGAGAUCGCGUACGAUUCCGUCGACACGGUGUCCACGUGCAUCGUCAUCAUGGGACUCAUCUUCUUCGCUACUGUCGCUACGAUAUUCAUUUGCAUACAGAUAUACUCAGAGGCGAUAGUCGUGGUGCAGCUCAGUGGCAGUCUUCUAAACAGCACUUUCGUUCAAAACAGCGAACUACAUGCUUACCUCCCCGAGGGCUGGGAAGAGAAACUGGACUCGCUUAUUGACAACGCCUAUACGUAUGGGCGGGAAGGAAUCUCUACUGGAAUAGGAGACUAUGUGAAAAGCAUUCUCAAAGAAGGCGACCCGGAGAAGAUAGCUCGCGUCGAACAACAGAUACUUGAGAUCUGGGACCGCGUGUACCAGAGCUGGGUGUCUGGCCACUUCACAGCUCAAGUCGGGCCUCAAGUCGACGGCUCAGCCAUCCAAGACUCGUGGGACAACUUCGUUAAUGACGUCUCUAACACUCCUGGGAUGUUCGACUACACGGGCAUCAUAGACUGGGUACGAGCCAACGUGGGGACUCUGAGCGCCAUCGCUUCGAACAUCUGGGCGCCUUUGGCGAGCAACGUGUCGCUACUAGCUGGGUCAGUUGGCGCCUUUACUUCGCUGCUGCUAUGCGGUGGUGGCGCCAUCAUCAACAUGUUUAUUAACUUGAUCGUGUUUUUUACGACCCUCUUCUACUUGCUGGCGUCGAGCAACGCUCUGUACAAGCCAGUUGAAGUGAUCACGCGGGUGCAGCCCAACUUCGGACCACGUCUUGGCAUCGCUCUUUCAGUUGCUAUCAAUCAAGUGUUCAGAGCUUCGUUCAAGAUGGCCCUCUUCUACGGAUUAUGGACGUGGCUAGUGCAUAACUUCUUCGGGGCUAAGGUUGUCUACUUGCCCUCAGUCUUGGCCGCGGUUCUGGGCGCGGCUCCGUUCCUAGGCCCGUACUUGGCCGGGAUUCCCGCGGCGUUAGACGUCUGGCUGCAGGGACGACCCAUGUCAGCACUGUUGCUGCCUAUAGCUCAGGCCGCGCCCAUCGCUUUCCUGGACGCCGCCGUCUAUGCUGAGAUCAAAGACGGUGGCCACCCAUACGUCACAGGCUUAGCCAUAGCGGGCGGCAUCUUCUACCUAGGCCCAGAAGGCGCUAUCCUAGGCCCACUCCUGUUGUGCUGCCUGAUGGUGGUCCUCAACUUGUCCUCGACCUUCCUGAGGGACACCCCCUCUGAGGAAAGAGCAGCACUCCACUCCCGAGUCAGACUCGGUGCUUUUCUCUGACGGGCUUGCAUGGACAACUAACGAAUGUCAAUUAAUUGUAAGCAAUGGUACUCAGUCGCCAUACUUAAUUAUCAUCAUAGUUCCAGUCAUACACGGACAGUUCAAUGAUUUUUUCGGGGCCUCAUGUUACCUAGCAACACGGCGAGGUAACGUACUAGACCAAAUAGGCACUAUAGUCUGGUCUGCGAGCACGUAAAAUUUUGUCCAAUGACCCCAAGCUACCCAUCCUUAUCGCUCGCGCGUA